UUACGCACGGGAUACGGCGAGUUUGGUUGCCGUGGAAACGCACAGAGCGGAAGUCGGGCAUGGUUUCCGGAACCGGUUUGUGCGACGUGCACGCAGACUUCCAUGAUCCCCCAUGGAGCAUUUUUGCGCUCCGCUGGCCGAUUCGGAUUCGCGAAACCCGAGCGCUCGCUCGAGGAUUUCGGCGACCGCUCCAGAUCGACCAGUGAAAAACGCCAUAAAUAAAUGGCAAAGACUGCUGCAACGCGGUGCUCCCCAGACGACCCCACACAAUAUCGACUCCUGCAACGCACGGAAGUGACGUCACUAAAUGUCAACGUCACAUGCACGCGUAUUUUCGUUUUUUCGAGGGCGCGCGGUUUGAUUAUUUGUUCGCACGUGACAUUCAGUACGCAUCCCGUCAGCCGCGCUUGCGGGUCGUGCUUUUCUGCUGCCGCUGGUGCUGGACCUAAGGCCUGGUUCUGCUGCAAUCACGCAAGCCUCUGACAUCAUCCUUUUAUAUGCGCGAAAGCUGCUUUGCAGGGUUAUUUUACAUUUGCUAGCGUUAUUUAUAUCUAUUCUAAUAAGUAUUUUGAUGGUAUUUUGAUUGUGUUAGUCGCGUAUUUGCCGAUCUUGCUGUCCUUGUUCGCGACCGCUUGCUUUGUUCAACCCUAGCGCGGAUUUCCCGGAUUCAACGUAUAUAUAGUGCUGACUAGAAGGUAGCCUCCUUUCGUUUGUGAAAAAGCUCAGAUUUAUUUUCUCGCAGUCUUUUUUUUUCUUCUAGGUGUCAUUUUAGAUUGCACUGCUUGCAACAUGACACGUGUUUUGGUUGCCGGUGACUCGAUGGUGAAAUACGCGGACCAGUAUUUCCCAUCGCGUCGUAGUUUGUCAGUCAGUGUUGCCGCGCAUAGAGGAGUAAGGAUUGAGCAUUUGCUGUCAAUGAUUGCUGACAAGCUAGCUGGUUUUGAUGCUGUCAUUGUGCACGUUGGCACUAACAACACUGGUGACAGUGUCAGCGUGUGCAUGGACAAGUAUCGCCAGCUCGCUCAGGGGAUCAUUGAGAGAAAUCCCAUGGCGCAUGUAGCUUUUUCUGCCAUUCUUCCUCGGGGGCAGAAUCAGUACAGCUCAUGGGAAGCUCAGUCUUCAUGGUUGCAUGACCUGAAUGGUAACUACGAAAAGAUUAACAGUGCCCUGAUGCAGUACUGCCACGAGUGUGGCUACACAUUCCUGGGUGGUCUCGUGGACAACUGGCCCAGUUGCCUGAGCAGAGAUGGUGUCCACCCGAGCCGCUUUGGUAACAAGGUGCUGGCAGACUUCCUGUACCAGGGGGCCUGCACCCUGUCCAUCCAUCUGGAGAGAAGCCGCAUCCAGCAGUCCUACAAGGAGACCCAGGCACCUUCUUCAUGGACCAGUUGGACUCGGCAGGACAGCAUCCCUGCCAUCUCCGAGGUUGACUUUCCCCCGCUUGGUUUGCAUACUUUAAUUUCUUCGCAUGCAGCAAGUGGACCUUCCACAGCACCAGCUCCUGUCUGGAAAGCCAGCACUGCUCCCUUGCAGAGGCACGGCACCAACCAGCCUACCAGAACCCUUCAAGGUGCUGGAUUUUCACUUGUUGGCGGUGUCCGUGUCCGUUGCAAGGGAAGCAAGGCUUGGUUCACCUGGGACAGCCUGCCUUCCCCCACUUUCCAUGGCACAAGUGUACCAAGUAGGGGAAAAGCCGAGGGGAGGUCUGCUGAGCCAAUGAUCCCUGGUCGAGGUGCAAGCACCACUUGUGUCUGGAAAACUAGGAGAGCCACACAAAAGCAUGAGAGUGCUCCUGUUGUGUGCUCACCUGUGGGGGAAGGAGAGGCCAGUGCUCAAGAAGCAGCUGUGCCAGAGGCUGUCCCCCACUGUGGCGACAGGGAGUGGAAAGUGGUAGUAUCGAGGAGGAGGCGGAAGGCUGCAGCACUGCACAAGCAAGAAUGGAGCUGUGACCUGGCUGCAGACAGGAAAGGCAAAGUUCUUGCUGUGACAGCUGCCAAGUUCUUGAAGUUCGCUUCACCUUUGAAAGCAGUUGUAAGCCAGAAACAGACAUGCAUUGACAGUAUAAAGUCUGAGUCUGCUCCUUCUGCUGUCUCUGGUAGCAAGCUUGAAGGACAAGCCAGUGCCCCUCAUGACGCCAUUUGUGAUAGUUUUGGCAAGGUGCAGCAUGUGGCUAGCAGGCAGAAUAAAGACUGCUUGGUAGUUGCUAUGGCUGAGUGCAGACCUGUCAUAAAUGGUGUUCCAAAUGAGGUCAUUGUCUGCAAAUGCUGUAGGUCAGAAACAAUGCAAGAUGGAGGGCAGAUGACGAGCAAUCCUGGCACAGAGGCUGGUGACCUUGACAAAGCUGCGUGCAUUGCUCCCACGCGACGUAGGUGUUGUGAGGCUGCUUUGACAUCCAGCUGCAGGCCUGCCAGCUCUGAUGCCCAGGCUGUUUGUGAAGGAGCUGGUGCUAACACAACCAGAGUUCCUAACACUGUCACUUUAUUGCAUGGUGGAGGCAGCAAAGUUUAUUUAAAUGCAACAUUUGAUAAUUUUAUUUCUUUUAGGCAAAGCUUUGAUGAAUGGUGCAGGGAGGGCAAGCACAUAGUCACAAUAAGUAGGUCUCAUAGAAGUCCAUUUGCAACAGAAUCUAAAGAGUUUGAGUAUAUUAGGAUUUCAUAUAGCUGUGUUCAUGGUCGUGCUAUAAAACCAAGAGGCACAGGAAAGCGACCCAAGCAAGCAUACAAUGGUACUGGUUCUGAAAUGGCAGUUUCAGUAAGCCUGUGCAAAUCACCUACUCUUCACUACAAAAUAACCAAGCUGCAAGCUAAGCAUAAUCACGCCACGAAGUAUUAUGACUUGUAUCCUCAAAGCAGGCUUCUAAACGAUGUAGAGAAGGUAGAAUUCUUUGAUUUUGCCAAAUGUAAUAUUGGCCCAAAGUAUUUUAAAAGUUUGGUCGAACAGAAAACGGGCAAGAAAUUAACUACAAAAGAUGUUAACAAUUACAAGCAAAGGUUUUCUAUUCCUAUUCGCAAUGAGCAGGCUCACGGAGAAAUGGUCUUGGAAAAAAUAGACACCUUGUUAGCAAAUAAUCCAAACUGGGUCAUUCACUAUGAAAAGAAUCAAAGUAAUAACCUGCAAUUUGUGCUACUUCAGACAACGCACAUGCGUGAGAUUUUGGAAAAGUACCCAGAGAUUUUAUUUAUUGAUGGAACAUAUAAAGUAAACAUUGAAGGCUAUAUCUUGUACUCUGUAUUGGCUGAAGAUGGUGGAGGCCGCGGGAGACCUGUGUGUUAUGCCUUUUUGCGGAAUGAAACGACUGAAAUCGUGCAGGCUAUGUUUGCCAAGUUUGCAGAGUUUAACCCGUUCAUUGUAUCUGCUUGCAGAGUAGUCAUGAUAGAUAAAGACAUGAACGAGCUACGCAUUUUGACUAAGAUUCUUCCUAAUUCUGAAAUUUUGUUGUGUACAUGGCAUGUGCUGCAAUGCUUUCAGCAAAAAGUCAAUGAGAAAGCUAGACUGCAGCGUGAUCAGUUACUCCCUCUGUUAAAAAAAAUUGUUUAUUCCUUCACUGUGCAGGACUACUUAGACAGGCUUGCUGAGCUCGAAGCUAUGGCGCCUAAAGAUUUUAUUUCUUAUUACAUGCAGAACUGGCACUCCUGUAAAGAAAUGUGGGUACAUGCAUAUCGGCAAAAACUUCCUACAUUUGGUAAUAACACGAAUAAUCGCAUUGAGUGUCACAAUCAAAAGAUUAAAAGUUAUCUCACUUCAAGCAUGCAUUUGGUUCAAGCCAUAGAAGCAUUAGUAAGUUAUAUUGAGAAGGAUUUCUUAUCUCUAAAAUUUUCCAAGUUUAAGGAAAUGAAGCUGAACUUAAAUGUAAAUGAUGUCAGUGAGCCAUUUCAACUAGACUUGGCCCGUAAUUGCACUUCUGAGGCCACAAGUAAAGUACUUGAGCAGUAUAAACAGUUUAAAGAAGUAGGUUAUUUGGUUACUUCCACUGCUAAUUCUUAUGUAGUGGCUUCAGCAAGUUCUGAGCACAGUGUUUCAUUAUGCCUGACGCGUUGCAUGUGUGCUUUUUAUAAUCAGUACAGUUUGCCUUGUGCACACAUUAUAGCAGCUCGCCAUUUUGCCCAGCAAGACCUUUUUCACAAAGCAUGCAUACCGGACAGGUGGUGUAAGGAUCAUUUCCUGAGUGACAGCUGCAUGGUCUCAAGUGCCACACCAGUGGUGACAAGCAGCAUUCAGCUGCUGCCAUCUGUGAAGCUCGACACUGCUCAAGAAAAGUAUUCUUACACCUACAAGAGGCUUUGUGAAAUGUCCAAGACUGUGGCUAAUGUAUUAUCUAAUUGUGGUGAGAAGGAGCUAAUGGAAAAACUUGCAUCAUGCGAGGCAUUCUUCAGAAACUUAACCACCUUUCCUAGUAAUCAAAUUACAGUUAGCUUACAAGGUACACCAGCUCCAUUACCCCAAUCGACUGCUACAAGCAGUUGCAGGCAUUCGAAUAGUACAAAACUUGUUGUACCUUUGGUAAAAGCAAGAAGAGGACGGCCAAAGAAAGUCAAAGCUGUUAAGCGUAAGUUUUUGCCAUCGCAAAAGCAAAUGGUAAGCCUUGCAAUGGUGACAGCAGACAUGUUAAAUGUCUGCAAACGCUACUCUCUUUCAGAUGCCGAUUUAAAUGCCUUAGUACAGGGCACCUCAAUAUCAGACAGCGUGAUUAACGUAGCACAAUACUUGAUUCAUCAAAAGUUUUCUCACUGGGAUGGCUUUCAAGAUGUGCUACUUGGCCAUCGUUUACUAUUUACUAAAGUAGAAAGCCUUUUUAUUCAAAUCUUGCAUGUCCGAAAUCCCGAUCACUGGCUUACGGUAACCAAUGUUGAGGCUGAUAAAAACACAGUCUUUGUAUAUGACUCAAUUGACCAAGGUACUCCUUCUGAUGCCGUCAGGCAAAUCUGUCACAUGCUAAAAUUGCAGUCACCAACGCUGACCAUUUGCACUAAAGGGGCACAAAACCAGUGCAACACGCUUGACUGUGGCUUGUUUGCAAUUGCAAAUAUGUAUUAUUUAGCAUCAGAUAGGAGACCAGAAAAUUUAAACCUUAAUCAGAGUAUGCUGCGCAGACAUUUGCUGAAAUGCAUACAAAAAGGCAACAUGGAAGAUUUUCCACUCACAAGCUCCCCCACUACUCGUGUGCGGCCAAAAGAUUGUAUUUAUGAGUUGCAUUGUGUAUGCAGGCAACCGCUGUAUGGCAGAAAAGUACUGGACAUUUCUUGUGCAUACUGUUCAAAAACCUUUCACAGGGAAUGCCUUCGCCUUUUACCAGAUGAUAUGGAUAAAAAAAUAAUUGUGUGCUCUAACUCAUGUUUGGCUAGUGCCAAGGAAAAAAUCCACACUUGUAGUACGUAGCAUUUUUCUCUUUGUACGGCUUUAGCCAAACCUGACUAUAACAAACCAGCAUAAAGUGAAUUAUCCUGUAUAUUGUACACACAAAACUUCCUGACUGAUACUCAUGCAAAACACUCACUUGUAACAGAAGCCUUUUUUUUUUCGAACUUUUUUUUUUAAAUAGUGCCUAAAUGUUAGAAUACUUGGAAACAUACCAGCAGUGUACUUCAAGCAAGCUCCUAUCGAGUCUCUAUUUUGAGUGACUGGCAAACUGUUUAAGGCUAAAGAUUGAUGUCUACUAUGCAUGGUGUUGUUUACAAAAGUGCAGGUAACUCUGACUUAAUUUUUCCACUGAGGACAACAAAUUCAUAUAGGACAAACACAGUACAAAAGUUUGUUUCCUUUCGUUAUAGGCGCAUUUGGAUUUAAAGAAUUACCUGAUAUAAUGAACCUAUUUUUAGUGCAUAGGCCAGUUUGUUAUUAUCGGGUUUCAGUGUAUCUACAAGCUCCGUUAGCAAUAUGCCUGUUAGCCCCGUUAGAGCCCCGUUAGCAAUAUGCCUGUAUACUUCGAUGCUGUUAAGAGGUUUAUUUGUUCAUUAUCAAUGCAUUAACUUAGAUCCAUUAGCAGCUGUGCAACUGCUUUAUGGUUACCUGCGGCAUCGGGAUUGCUUAGGCCCAACCACAAGGAACAAGUUUACAACAUAUUUUUGGCCGGCUAUUUGAUUUGAUGUGGGCACAAUUCAGCAUCUAGAGCAUCAACCCCAGCAUCUCAUCGUUCUUGACGAUGGCAGCUGGCGUCAACAAUCCGUCAGGAAUGUGUUUCUUGUGGUUGAAGCUUUAAUGUGGGCAGGUUCACUUUGUAUUAUUCAAUUUGAAAACCUGAUCAAUCUGCUUCUAAGUAGUAGCAAGUAUUUUGGAUAUUCAACUGUGUUACAAAAUUUGCUUUCCAUCGGUCUGGUACUGCUUUAGCAACCGAAAUCUGUACUGACAUUGCCCCAUUACCUUCCCGUUGCCGCAAGUCUCUCAGCGGAGCCUGACCGCUACAGAGCGCGUUCUCGGGUGGUGGAUAGAGAAAACUCGUCAGGAAGCUGCGCUAAGCAGCUUCAUGCAAGACAGGCACUUGUGCCCGCGGACCAACAGGCUAAGAAAAUCCUCAACAGCAGCACUCAGGUUGUCACAGUGACAUGUUCAUCUGAGAGUGCAAGUUGCAGAUUCUUUUUAAUCCUUUGUACUUCACCUGCGUUUUUUCCCUCUUGUACAGGUCCACUGAUGUACCAGCUGCAUGCAUUCACACUACCAUCAAGUCAUCAGGAGCGUCUGUACCUCUAUCUAAAUAUUACACUAUUGUCUAAGGUGGAAAAUCAGACUUGUAUAUUUUGCUGUAGUGGUUCUGCCAAUAAAAGAUUGAUUAUACAUAUUUA